GCUCUAAUUUGGGACGGUUUUAGUGAUGAAUUUUAGUAGUUUUAUUGACUACACAGGAAAAGAAAGUUCAGAUAUGACAUUUAUUUAAACAGUUAUCUAAAAUAAAGCCCUUUCUCUACUAUUAACUAUCCUUCUAAAACCUCCAGUUUGCAGAGUUAGAGCCGGGGUUAGUGUCAGAACCAUCUACAUAGAAAUUUGAAUACAAGUGAUGUGUGUGUCAUAUGACCUUACUUCGGUAUAAGAUGAAGCAGCAACGAGCAACGCUUCACUUUGCGACGGUGAUGACGCUACAAGGACGUGGAUGUGACUUUUCCAACUCAAGAUCCGCUUUCUGAAACCGAACACCAUGUGUGGGCCGUUCAAAGGGUGCCAGGGCGUCCUGCGCCUCCUGGAGGUCCUCUUCAGCGCCCUGGCGCUGGCCGUGGUGGUGUUCCGGGGCAGGAUGCUGAGCCCGUGGGGCGUGUGGUGCGAGUUCGUGUGGGUCCUCUGCGUGGCCGUGCCGCUGGCGGCGGCCGUGAUGGAGGCCCGGCUGUGGCACGUCCUCCUGGCCGCCUGUCUCCCCGACUGGGCCGACCUGACCUGCGGCCUGACCGCGCUGUGCGCCGCCGCCGUCGCCUCGGCCACCGCCGUCUUCGCCGCCGUCUUCGUGUGCCUCUCCUGCGUCGACAGCAUCCUGUGCUUCAUCUUCUCGCUGGUGGCCACGCUUGUCUUCCUGUUUGACUCAGUGAGGGGCAGAGCGGCAGGUCCGAGCGGGUACCUGUGCAGCCUGAGGGGGAGCCUCCGCACGGCCGAGGCCUUCGUCGCCUCCGUCGUCCUCACCGCUGCCGCCGACCACUUCGUCAACGGCAACUGGGCCUUUCGUCCGGCCGGGAUGAUCUGCAGCGCCGUGGCGUUUGCCGUUUGCCUGGUGGUCACCGUGGUCGUGGAGGUGCUGAAUCUGCUCAAGCUGCUGCAGAGCCUGCUCUCGUUUGGACUUGAUGUGGUGGAGCGCGUGUUCAACGUUGUGGCGGUGCUGCUGCACCUGCUCGCUGUGAUUCUGUGGGUGGUUUUUGGUUACAAACGCAAGAAGUACGAUCCUUAUAUAUGUGAGAAGUGUCGCUACGCUGACGUUAACACUGUCACCAUUGGAGCCGCUGUCAACCUGGUCCUUUAUAUUAUUGAUCUGGCUUUAUCCUUCAGAUCUCAUUGAAAUAUAAUGAGUUUUUCCC